AAUUGUGAAAAAGUGAGUUUAAAUGUAUUUGGCUAAAAUGUACGUAUACUUACGACUUUAACUGUAUAUGUUUUUUUUUUGUGCUUGGGAAGGGGUUGUCUUUUUCAACAAGUUGCUGAAAUGGCUGGCCAGUUUCCAGGAGAAGCAGGAGGCCUUGGACAAUGUGCACCUCCUCAUUGGUCAUGGGGAAAACAACAUGGAUGCUGCCCUCCAGGCCCUCUCUCAGGGCAUAGAAACAUACCAGAUUCAACCCGGUUGCCUGGAGUGUUUCUUCAAUGAUGGCGAGGCUCCUGAUCCCGGCCUUCUCCCAAACCAUCUGAGUGUCCUUCCAGACUGGACUCUGCUGCCGUUGACGAACGGGACACUUCCCCCCUACAUGAUAUACAUUCUGCAGCGGAGGCCAGUGAUACAGGGUAUCCAAGUGGAAGAUCACAGCUUACCCAGUGGGAACAACACCUCUCGGCCCAUACGGCAGGUAUUCUACGGGCUGCUGCUGGGUGAAGGGAGGGAAGUGGAGGAGUAUGACAGGGAAGAAACAAACCUGACCAGCAGCAAGGUUAAUGCCAUCCUGCCCAGUGCUGCACAACAGCUGCAGCUGGACACACUGGAUCAGACUCCAUAUUUUGAGCGGCGUGAGGUAUUUUUGGAGACCCUUGGUGUGUCCCAGUCCACUUUGAAUGGUCUCCCACUUCACCUGGGACUUCCUGUGGCUGUUACCUACUACUGGCUGAGGCACGCCCAUCCCCGACCAGACCUUCCUCUCCUGCAGGCCCUGCUACUAGGACUGGUGUAUGGAGAGCUCUGCAGACAGAGGAAGAGCCAGAGAGGUAUGGACCAGAGCAUGAAUGAAAACACACACACAGCCACACACAACUUGGAAUUUAUAAAUAAAGUGCGGUUUAUAGAGGAGGAACCAGUGUUGGAGAGGAUGAGAGGGCUGAUUCAGAGACGUGCUAUGAGUCCAGACCUGGGUGUGGUCCACGCCUAUAGCCAAUGGAAGCGCUGCAUGAGGGAUUGCCUUGACCUGAACCAACUGCUGUGCUUCCCUCUACCUGAGCCUCAGUGUGCCUGGCUGUACAAGGGCACUCUGGUGCACCAGCUUGUGGGCCAACUGAGACGGGGGGUGACCCCGGAUUCUCUCCUGAUGGAAGACCCUUCAUCUGGGCAGCUGUACAAAGCCAUGCUGGACGCCAUGCGUCCAUACUCAACUUCCAGGAAGCUGAGACCACUGGACAACCUGACGGCCCCUCUGCAGAUUCUGUCGCUGGAGGAUGAAGAAUUUGAUGAUGAUGAUGAUGAUGAUGGAGUAGGCUGUACUGAAGUCCCAAUGUCCCGUCACAAGAGGAAGGAAAGAUUCAAUAAAGCUCUGUUGAGUUAUAGAUAUAGGGACCACUAAAUAGGGACCACCUGUUGAGUUAUAUACUGUUUUCUGUGACAUUAAAGUGACAGAGUGCAUAGGUAGGAAGGCCCCAUUUGCAUACACUCAUACUCAUGAAGCGCUUCCCCUUUCACUUACACAUGGAGCACAGAGAACAUUGAUAAGAGAUUUGACAUUGAUUAAAAGAAAAUAAGAAAAAUGAGAGUAAAUUAUUAUUUUUUUAUUGUGACUGAGGUUUAUUGAAGUGAAAAUUCAAGGUUAAAUAUGUUAAAUGUUAAAGGUUGAAAACAUUGUGAAAUAAACAUUGUGAAAUAAACAUUGUGAAAUAAACAUUGUGAAAUAAACAUUGUGAAAUAUUAAAGGGGAGUUAAAGUAGUGCAGUAAAAUGUUAGAAUGUUAUAUUGUUGUUUGCUGUAAGGUGUGAUGCAUAUUGACUAUGUUUGUUAGAGGAGGAGGUUGAUAAUCUAAUGGAGUUGGAACGUUUAAAAUGUUGGAUGUUUAGAAGGUAAUGGGAGAAAUAUAUUAGGUUGGAUUAGGAUUAGAAUUGAAUGGAAUAAGAAAAUGUAUGUUUGA